GAAAUCAUUGUAGUUUAACAUUUCUUUGGCAGGGUGAAGUUCAAAUCGUGAAGGAAAUACAAAGAAAAUGAAAGUCUUUAUCACUGUCACCAUCUUCGCGGCUAUCGCCGUUGUGGGCGCAAAUUGCGGAAUGACUGAUACCAAACAGGGCAUGGUAUCCUCAUCGUAUGGCGGCGGAUAUGGUGGUGGAUCUUCUUCAUCUUACUCUGCAUCAGCUCCAGCUUCAGCACCAUCAUACGGUGGUUCUUCCUCAUCGUACGCCGCACCAGCAGCUCCCGCAGCUGCACCAUCAUACGGUGGCGCUUCAUCGUCGUACUCAGCGCCUGCUGCUCCCGCAGCUGCACCAUCAUACGGUGGUGGCUCUUCCUCUUCUUAUGCAGCACCUGCAGCUCCCGCAGCUGCACCAUCAUACGGUGGCGCUUCAUCGUCGUACUCAGCGCCUGCUGCUCCCGCAGCUGCACCAUCAUACGGUGGUGGUUCUUCCUCAUCUUACGCAGCACCUGCAGCUCCGGCAGCUGCACCAUCAUACGGUGGCCCUUCAUCGUCGUACUCAGCGCCUGCAGCUCCGGCAGCUGCACCAUCAUACGGUGGUUCAUCCUUAUUAUACGGUGGUUCAUCCUCAUUAUACGGUGGUGGUUCUUCCGCAUCCCACUCAGGAGCUGGAUCACUGUCAUACGGAGGUUCUUCCUCGUCUGUGCCGUAUCGUGGAGCUUCCUCGUCGUAUGCUGCGCCGCCAUGCCCAAGAAAUUAUCUGUUCAGUUGUCAGCCUUCCUUAUCGCCAGUAGGAUGCUCUUCAUCGGGUAGCAGUAGCGGAUACGGCUCAGCGGCUGCUUACUCCCAAUAUGUGCCAUCGUACGCACUCCCACCAAUUGGAUACGGCUAUUGAGCCAGACCAAAACAUAGACAUCGCAUUAGGAUUUGGCUUGUGAAUGAACCUCGCUUUCUUUUUAUGAUUUAAUUAUUGCAGUUAAUAAGAAAUUUUUCUAUUAAAAAAAACA